AUUCUCAUAACUAAUAAAAAUGAAAAAAAAAAUUAAAUAAUAAAUAAUAGUAAAUUAAAAAAAAAAGAGUCUAGAAAUCUUCCACCAGCUCUGCCAUUCUUCUAGCAUUCUUUCUUUCUUCUUCUUUUCUUCUCCGACGACUCUCUCUCUCUCUCUCUUUCUCUUCUUAUCUCUGUAUCCGGAAACUAUUCCCUUUAUCCUUAUCAACAUUCUCGAAAUAAUCUGACGUUUUCUUCUCCCCUCGUCUCCAGAUUCUACCUUAUAAGCUUCAAAUCUCUUCUUCAUUGCCCGUGGAAUUCGCAGCAUUUUGAUGUAAAUUUCAUUACUUUUUGUAUUUUGUUUUAAAAUUUAUUUCAAGAAAAUCCCUUUUUGGAUUGGGGUUUCAAUCGCCAUAUGAUAUCUGAAGCAAUGUCGUUUGAUGGUUCCGGGUAUUAGGGUUCCGAUCGGCGGCUGUUUAGUGGAGAUUUUAGGGUUUUUUCUUUCCUCCGGUGGAUGUAUAUUGUUGGUGAUAGGUACUUAGAUCAGGGUUUGCUUGAUCGAGGAAGAGGUUUUGGGGAUAGGUUUCGGUGGUGGAUGAAAACAGAUAGGGAGGAUUGAUUGAUAUUUCCCAUCAAUUUGUUAACUGUUAAUUGUUGCAAGGCAAUUUGCGGUCGGUCAUUGAAUAAAAGAAGGCUCUCUCUCUCUCUCUCUCUCUCUCUCUCUCUCUCUCUCUCUCUAUUUUCCCCGAUUGAUUGUUUUGUGCUAUUGAAAAUUCUGAUUUGUAUUGGGAUUUAACGAUAUGGAGGAUUUGGUGAAGAAGGAAGCAAAUAGCUGACAUACAUCUUUUGGAAUGGUAAAUUUGGUUCGAAUCUGACGAAGCUGCAGCCUAAGCUAAGUCAUUGUUAUCCUUAAGAGAUUUGGAAGUGAGGUCUGUAUAGCUGGAUUUUAUCAUGGAGCAUGUCAUUGGUGGGAAGUAUAAGCUCGGGCGUAAGAUCGGGAGUGGAUCUUUCGGCGAGCUUUACCUAGGGGUUAACAUACAAAGUGGGGAGGAAGUGGCCAUCAAGCUGGAGCCUGUGAAGACCAAGCAUCCUCAGCUUCACUAUGAAUCCAAAUUGUAUAUGCUUCUUCAAGGGGGAACUGGAAUUCCCCACCUGAAGUGGUUUGGAGUUGAGGGCGAGUACAAUGUCAUGGUUAUUGACCUUCUUGGGCCAAGCCUAGAAGACUUGUUCAACUAUUGUAAUCGGAAAUUCACAUUGAAAACUGUGCUGAUGCUUGCUGAUCAGUUAAUUAACAGGGUUGAGUAUAUGCACUCAAGGGGUUUCCUUCACCGGGAUAUAAAGCCUGACAACUUUUUAAUGGGUUUAGGGCGCAGAGCAAAUCAGGUAUAUAUUAUCGAUUAUGGACUUGCCAAAAAGUAUAGGGAUCUUCAAACUCACAAGCACAUACCAUACAGGGAAAACAAGAAUCUCACUGGAACCGCUCGCUAUGCAAGUGUCAACACUCAUCUUGGAGUUGAACAAAGCAGGAGAGAUGAUCUGGAAUCCCUUGGUUAUGUGCUUAUGUAUUUUCUAAGGGGAAGCCUUCCCUGGCAGGGCUUGAAAGCCGGGACUAAAAAGCAGAAGUACGAUAAGAUCAGUGAGAAGAAGAUGCUAACGCCUAUGGAGGUGCUUUGUAAAUCAUAUCCUUCGGAGUUUAUAUCAUAUUUCCACUAUUGCCGAUCCUUGCGGUUUGAUGACAAACCAGAUUAUUCAUACCUGAAGAGACUUUUCCGUGACCUGUUUAUCCGAGAAGGCUAUCAGUUUGACUAUGUGUUCGACUGGACUGUGCUGAAGUAUCCUCAGAUUGGUGCCAAUACUAGAUUACGUCAGCCCAGUGGGAAAACAGGACCUACUGCUGGACCAUCUGCAGAAAGACCAGAGAGGACUUCAGUGGAAAUGGGCUUGGUCUGUAUACAAGAUCCUUAUGUUGACAAUACGUCCCCUAAAUUCGAGUUCCAAUCAAGCUGCCGUGUUGGAGAUGUUAAGGCUGUUGAGAAGAAGCGUCUCUUCACUGCACCAUUGGGACAAGAGAUUCGAGAUAGAUUCUCAGGCGCAGUUGAAGCGUUUGCUAGAAGAAACACUUCAGUUUCAGGUCUACAUGGUGAUCACUCCAAGCACAAGAAUUCUGAGGAUGUACCAUCCUCCAAGGAUGUUCAACUUGAUUCAGAAAGAGGCCGCAUUUCCUCCUCUCGGAAUGGCAGCAGUUCUAAAAGGGCUGUUAUCUCAAGCAGCCGACCGAGCUCAUCUGGUGAGCCCAGUGAGAGUCGAUCAAGCCGGCAGGUCUCAGGCAGUGGGCGCCUUUCCACGACCCAAAGGUUCCAGCCUGGAUUUGAGUCCAAGUCAUCAUCCCUUGCACGUGUUGCGGCCGCAAGAGCUGGCCGUGAGGAUACCUUUAGGAGCUUUGAGCUCCUCUCAAUUGGGGCGGAGAAGAGGAAGUAAAGGAGAUCCGUAUGGUAAGAAUAGAUCUCACUGUCAAGGGGAAACGCCCGUGCUGUUCUUCAAGUUCUGAGCAUUUUAUCUUCUUUCCUUGUAUAUCUGAAAAAGAACAGUUCAUGGGGUUUUCUUCACAGCUGAAGCUCAAAGAAGUUUCUCUUUUAAGAACAAUUUUCAGUUACCUGUGUUCAGAGGCGUACGCCAUAAUGUUGUGUCGUAGACUUGUCCAAGAAAGAGAAAAUUCCAUAAUGUUGUGUUGUUGACUCAUCCAAGAAAGAGAAAAUACUCGAAGUUCUUGCUGUAGGGAAUUGUUAAUAUAUCUGAGACUUGGGAGUUUGUGAUAGAUACAAUUGUCAAUUCAUGCUUAUUAUAUACCAAACAUAUCACCAGUUCAUUCUCUGGA